GUAUUUAGAUUUUAGAAUUUAAUUGUGAAUUAUUUACGAAUUUUGUGAAGACGUAUUAAAUAAUUUUGCGUAUUUAGAGGUGAAAUUAUCAAUUAAUGUGGAAAUUAGAGUUACUACCUAAAUGUAAAAAUUAGUAACAAUCAAUAUUUAUUUGGCUUUUCGUGUAAUAUUGAUAUUGAAUUUUUCACUCUUCAGAGGUAACGAUGAAUGAUCGAAUUGUAAUUCUCUGUUCUUAUGAUGGGAAGAUUAAUUACCUCGAGAAUAAUAUGCCCGUUUAUGAAGGAGGCACGACGAGACCGUUGUUCAUAACAAAAUCGUGUACUUUCGAUGAGUUGGUUAAUGAAUUACACAAACUUACAUUAACUAACUCACGUGAGUAUCACCUCAGUGUGGUUUGCAAUUAUCCUGUUGUGGAGAACAGAACAAGUGGCAUUCAAAUAUCAAGUGACUACGAUAUGGGUCUCAUUCAUGUCUUACACGACGAGAAGCGUUCGGUCGAAUUGUUCAUUGAAAAACAUCAGAGAGAUUUGGGCAAAUCGUUGAACUACGAAGGAAUGUAUUCCCGCAUGUUGGAGGAUCCUGAAGUUGAUUCUGUAGGCUUUUUAUCUCCUCAACAAGAUGAAUGUUGGACACAAUCACAAUACAUGAGCGGUCCUUCGUUCGUGGGCACUUCGAAUGCUUUCGAUACUAACACGGGAAUUCAAGAAGAUAAUGCAAGUGUUGAAUCCGAGAAUGAUGAAGAGGAGGGAUUACAAAUUAAUAGCAUGACCUUGAUAGAUCGUGAUGACGGGGAAAACCAACACAUCGACGGGGCUUAUGUUAAUAAUGAGUAUGUCGGCUUAGAGGAUCCGCCGCCCGAUGAACUUCAAGGAGAUGAAUGGAUUGAUAACUCCGCGAUGGAAAGUGUUCCUAUUGGCACUAAUAGCGGUGUUGAUACACAGGCCGAGGACUUCUCAUUCAUCAAGGGAGAUCUUUACGAGAGUAAGGAGAAAUUGAUCCAUGCUAUUCAUGACGAUGUCGAAGAUAAUAGUGGACACCACGACGGCAAUGCGAGGUGUCCGUGGAAGCUUAAUUCACGCUCGGGUUCAAGAGUAGGUGGGCAAUUCAAAAUCACGGCAUACAAUGGACUCCACACUUGUAGCAAUCCUCGAUUAGAGAUGAAUAACAAGAAUGCGUCCUCUUCUUUUAUAUAUCGAUUGAUUUUAUCGCAUCUAAGGGAGGAUCUUGAUCUAAGGCCGAAAGAUAUCCGUCUUUUAGUGCAUAAAGCCACCAACUUGGAUGUAUCAUAUCACAAGUGUUGGAAUGCUAGGAGGAAGGCGAUGAUAAAAAUAUUCGGGGAUUGGAAUAAAUCGUAUGAGAUCUUACCUCAUUAUCUUGAAGCACUCAAAAGAGAAAAUCCGGGGACUGUCUACGAAGUAUCUUCGGACCCCGUUGAUGGCGGAGAACGGCGGUUCACCGGUGUAUUUUGGGCAUUUGGGCCCUGUAUUGAGGGGUUUCGUCAUUGCCGUCCUCUUCUUAGCAUUGAUGGAACUCACUUAUAUGGUAAAUACAAAGGCGUUUUGCUUGUUGCAACCGGAGUUGACGCGGAUGGCGGGUUGUUUCCUUUAGCAUUCGCAGUGGUUGAUGUUGAAAAUACAGAGAAUUGGGCUUGGUUUUUUGCAUGCAUUAGAUAUCAUAUCCCUAGUGUGGGGACGCGGCCGAUUACAUUCAUAUCCGAUAGGAUGAAAGGAAUUCCAAGAGCACUCCAACAACAUUUCCCGUCACCACAUGCACAUCGCUAUUGCUUGCGACAUAUUAGAGACAACUUCAAGAAGAAGUAUGGAAACGCUCAGGUUCAAGACUUACUUUGGCACUAG